CCAACCAAUAGGUGAGCGCGUCUGCGUCACGUGAUCAGCAGCGCAGCAGAUUUGAAUUGUUUGUGUGUUUUCAGACAGUUUGAAUCAUACGAAGCAGAAAAGAAAAUUUGUGAGUUUUCAGAGGAACUUGAGGUUUGAUCCGGAUCAACCUGUUGCCCACAGAGAAGAACCAACAGCAGGAUGGACUGUCGAGCUAACAGCGAUACGUUCUUUCUGACUGAUGAGAAGUUUGACUUUGACGUUUCUCUGUCCCCCGCCAGCUCCAAUGGAGAUGAAGACGAGGUGUUUGUGGGUCCGGUCAGCCAUAAGGAGAGGUGCGUCUCUGUGAACGUGGUGUCUCAGCUGGAGGAUGUUGGCGGCGGCGGCGGCGGGGAGCGGGCGAGCUGGAGUCCGCUCAGCGCCGAUCAGCUGGAGGCUGUGUGUCAGGAAGCCCACAGACUAGCAGUGCAGUGCAGUGAGUCGAACCAGCCACACGGCGAGGAAGACAAGACCGCCGACGCCACAACGGACCGGGAUGAGUUCAUCCAGGACGCCGAGGCCAAACUGGGCGUGAUCGAUCAGACCCCCAGAGCGCUGAGCCCCAUCAAACGGCAGACCUUCUGCGUGCAGGACAGUCCCAUGAAGCAGCUGCCGCCUGCCGUCCAGCGCCGCCUGCUGACGGGAGGCAGCUCCAACACGGCUCCACCCUCCCGCCCCGCCGCCGCGGCUUAUUCCACCCGAGCAGCUUCAUCCAUCCGCCCCGCCGCCGCCACCUCCAGACUCAGCACCUCCAGACUCAGCACCUCUAGACUCAGCACCUCCAGCCCCGUGGCGGGGGUCCGGCCUCAGCCCAGGACGGGGCUGCGAGGGAGAACCACACUCGGCGUGGGCGUUGCCGUCGUGCUGCCGAGCAAACCGACCGCCCCGACGGCUUCCUGUUCAGCCAGCAAGAGCAGAGUGGAGAAGACCAGACUGCAGCCGCCGAGCAAGGCGGUGGGGGCUUGGAGGCGGAGCCCGUCCUCUCGCACCUCCAGCAGGGCGGAGUCCUGGGAGGAUCUGCUCUCUGACUCAGCGAGCGUGGCGUCUGACGUCAGCGACUCCUCCCUCAACUCCAACUCCAGCCUGCUGGGGAAACGCUCGCUGCCUCCACCCACCACGAGUGCUGUGAGGAACCUGUCGGCUGUGAAAGGUCCGCCCCUUGCGAAGAGGAGGGUGACGGAGAGGAAGAACACGUCCUCAUCCUCGUCCUCCGUGUCCAGUUUCAACUCCAGUAUAUCCCUGUCCCCCGCUAAAGGUAAACUGAACUCCUCUCUGAGUGUGAGCGGCCCCACCGGCCCCAGCAGCAUCAGCAGACCGGCCAGUAACAGCAGGCUGCGCCGCUCCACCGUCUCCGCCGCCGCAGAGCCGGCACCCUCCGCCGCCGCCGGCCGCCGCUCGCUGUCCUCCCAGGCCAGGAAGCUGUCGGAGGUCAAAACCGCCAAGUGCACACCGCUGAAGAGAGCGGAGGCCACGCCCCACCAGGUGACGCCCGCACAGAGGACUUUGGAGAGGACCGCCUCCGUCCCCGCUCCUGCCUCGGCCCGGCCGCAGAGCGGACUGAAACCCAAGUCCAGACCAGAGGCCCUGGUCCUACCGACACCCAGUGGAGGGGUCCGGGGAGUCAGCCAAGGGGACGACGCCUCAAAGAUGUUGAAGCCGAAGAGGCUGAUGUCAGUGAGCAGCGUGGACAGUCUCCCUCAGAAGCCGUCCCCUGCUGCUCCUCUGACUCCCUCUGCUGGCGGCUGCAGGUCGCUGCAGGUGAAGGCCCGCCGUCCCUCCGCCCUGCCCACUCCGGUGAGGCGCAGGAUGUCCGCCAUCCCCGUCGCCACGCCCACCAACCAGAGUCGGCCCGCCAGACCUCCACCCACCCCUGACUGCGACCCCGCCUCCUGCUCCGCCUCGGCCAAAAGGGAAAGAAGCUACAGCCCUUCACCUGCAGACACACAGGAGGCGGAGCCUGUGAAUCCCCCCGACAUCCAGCCCUUCUGUCUGGAGGAGGAGGAGGAGGAGGAAAAGAAGGAGGAGGAGCCUCCUGCUGCCCCGCCCUCCAGCCCCCCACAGCCUGACCAAUCAGAGAGCACGGAGCCUGAAGCAUUGAGUCAGAGCCAACCAGAGCCCAACAAGAACCUGAUCGAACUGGAAACUACUGAGGAGAGCAACAGCAAGACACAAGAGGUUCUCCUGUUGGAUCUUCCAGCUCCGACGCUGCAGCCUCAAGAGAAACUGCUCAUCGACUUGACCAACACCCCCAACCUGAUCCGGACCAGCAGCAAGACCAGCACCAGCACUCAGCUGAUCGACCUGAGCUCUCCGCUCAUCAAAUGGAGUCCAGAAGACAAGAGGGAGAACAACGCUCCGCUCAUCAACCUGUCCUUCUGAUCCAGAUCCUCCUCCAGAUCUGGAUCUGAUGGUCUCUGUGGGAAAAACUGGACUCAGCAGGUUCUUAAGUUAACAACAGAGUUUUUAUCAGUAAAAUCUUAACUGAAGCGUUUUAAAUGAUGAAAAUAUUCAAGGUGGCUGAAGGGUUUUUUUUGCACCUGAUGAUGUACUUUUAUUUGUGUCCGUCUUGCUGCUCUUAUUGAUGUCUGAAUAAAUGUUGUGAAUGUCACUAA